AUGGUUCUCGACGACUACUGCUCGAAUUUAAUUGUCGACCAAAAUAUCUGCGUCGGCCCCCCCGGAGGAAUUAAAGAAUUUGUCACCAUUCCCGGGGCUACUGUGACCAAAACGGCGACCUAUGCUACAAUAACGGCUUCUCGCCCAGCUUCGGUCGUAUCGGGAACGACCUACAAGUGUGGAAAGUAUUACCUUGUACAGCCGGGCGACUACUGUGAAAUCGUGGCCAUUAGUAACGACAUUUCCUUUGCCCUUCUUCGCAAACUGAACCCUCAGCUGGACGAAAAAUGUUCCAACCUACUGUCUGGCUAUCAUUAUUGUGUGCUGCCGUACGAAGACCCAAGCAAAACGUCUUCAACCACAGUCCAGGCUCCCACCAGCACUCCUUCGGGAACAACGAACACCUGCUACGAAUGGUAUGUUGUUCAAUCUGGAGACUCUUGCUCCAAGAUCCAGGACAAGUACGCAAUUCAGUUCAGCCAGCUUAAAGCCUGGAACCCUGACCUCAACGACAAUUGCACGAAUCUGUUACUUGGUGUAGCAUACUGUGUGCAUGGCCCAGAUACUCCGGCCGCGCAAGGUGCAGGGAAACGAGAACCCCGUCAGUCGCCGGCGAAGGAAACGGCUAGUCCUAGAAAACGCUCUGAAGGAGCCGCAGGAGGCGUGCCGGUGGGAUGGCCUGGUGUUGACUCACCCCGGUAUCGUAAAAUCAUGGGCUUGGGCCCAAAGGACGAGAUUUAG